GCGCUCGCUCGCCACAGGCCACUCGUCCAGCGACCAUCACGCCGACGAGAUGUUUUCCCCGCUACGCCAUGCUGCCCGCCCUGGCCAGCCGCGCGCUGCUUCUCUUCCUGUUGCCUAACGUUGUCCCCGCCGUGGCCGAACCUAGCCCACAGCGCCGAGUACAGUACAGGUGGCCUUGAAACUUUUGGGAGUCGAAUUGCUUUCCACUGACGUCGCUGACAUUGGCACGCAAGCUUGGUGGGCGACCUAUAGAUGGCGGAUCUAACAUGGAACGGAUUGUUGGCGGUACAAAUGCGGACAUUAAAGACUUUGCACAUCAGUUGUCCCUGGAGGUCAUGUUCAUGCACUCGUGCGGCGCCUCGGUCAUCAGUGAAACCUUCGCGCUCACGGCCGCCCACUGCGUCUUCGGAAUGCCCAGGCAACCUCCGUGGUUUGUCCGACUGCGCGCUGGUUCAACUUCUGGAUUCCUUGGCAUCGGCGGCGAAAUGCACGCCAUUGACUACGUCGAACCGCACGCAAGCUUCAACAAAACAACGACCGACUUUGACAUCGGUCUGAUAAAAGUGAAGCGCCCGUUUACGUUUUCCAGUCGGAUAUCUCCAAUCAAGGUGGUCGAUGAGAGGCACUACGUCAAAGUCGGGUCCAUCGCCACUGUAUCUGGAUGGGGAAUGACAAGUGAAAGAGCACUCUUUACGCCGUGGACGCUGCACUCGGUCGACAUCCCCGUGGUGGACAGAAGCGCCUGCAACCACAACUAUACGGCACACGGGGCAAAGAUAUCAGAGCGCAUGAUAUGCGCAGGCGGCACCGGAGACGGCAAGGAUUCAUGUCAGGGCGACUCGGGUGGCCCGCUCAUCUCCCAGGACCGGCAGCUCAUCGGGGUUGUGUCGUGGGGCUACGGCUGUGCUCGAGCGGGCUUCCCCGGGAUCUACACCAAUGUAGCGCAUCCAGACAUACGAAGGUUCAUUCGAGAGGCAGCCGGAGUAUGACAGUUCACACGGUGUGGGUACGAACCCACAUACAUAAUAAUGAAAUGGCACUUGAAUCAA